UAACGCUUGUAUAACAUCCCUUCCCGUUAUGGAAUGUUGAAUAAGAGUUUCCUUUUCAGCACCCACGAAUAAGCAGGGCUUGAAAAAAAUGAGCCGGAGUGUUAAGAUGUGAUAACGGCGUUCGCUCGUUGAACCUACUUUCGCUUUUAUAUUCGGCAAACGUAAAAUACGACGUUGUGAGUAACGAGAAGAAUGUGCCAUAGACCGCGACAUUAAAGCACACGUGUCCUGUGUCCAGGACGUGCGUGACUCGUUGGCCAUGUACCUCGGCUGCUCGGUGGUGCUGACGGUGAUCUCCUGCCUCUGCCGCAAGGUCGAGAUUUUCCUGCUCGUCCUGUCUCCCUACGACACGGUCGGCUGCUGUGGGGCAAAGGAUCUGGUGUACCUCAAGGGGCGACUGGACAACCCAGAAUUCAGCGCGAACGCGGUAUCUCGAUUUGUUGGUUUCUCUGUCAUCGACUCCCUAUUAACUGGAUUCAAGGGCGUACUAAUGAUGCGCCUCUUCGAACUUUACGACGACCUGAGCCAGCUGAUAGACCUAAUGGCGCUGCGCCGCAAGCAGCAACAGCAUGCUGCCGCUGUGUCCACCAUCGCGCGGGGUGCGACCCCUGUGGAGACACCCAAGUAUCUGUCCGCGACUACCUGACACCAGGUGUCUGCCACCUUUGCAGGGACGACCUCUACACCGCUAAAGCGCGUCCUCACGCCACCCGUUUUUCUGCCAAGUCACGUUUGCGAAGAUACGGGUCAGUUUUGUCGACACUAUAUUCAA